UUAUGUCUAUUGCAGCUCAAGAUGUCUAAAAAAAUCCAUGGAGGCUCCGUUGUGGAGAUGCAAGGAGAUGAAAUGACACGGGUCAUCUGGGAACUGAUUAAAGAAAAGCUGAUUUUUCCUUAUGUAGAUCUGGAUUUGCACAGCUAUGACUUGGGCAUUGAGCAUCGUGAUGCUACAAAUGAUAAAGUAACUGUGGAAGCUGCUGAAGCCAUAAAGAAAUACAACGUUGGCAUAAAGUGUGCAACCAUCACUCCUGAUGAGAAAAGAGUGGAGGAGUUCAAGUUGAAGCAGAUGUGGAAGUCUCCCAAUGGGACAAUUAGAAACAUUCUAGGUGGCACUGUCUUCAGGGAGGCUAUUAUCUGCAAGAACAUUCCCCGGCUGGUGUCUGGAUGGGUGAAACCCAUUGUCAUUGGCCGUCACGCUUAUGGGGAUCAAUACAGAGCAACUGAUUUUGUGGUACCUGGGCCUGGAAAAGUAGAGAUGACCUACACUCCAAAAGAUGGAGGCAAACCAGUCACAUAUCUGGUCCAUAACUUUGAAAGCUGUGGUGGUGUAGCCAUGGGAAUGUACAAUCUUGACCAGUCUAUCAAGGAUUUUGCCCACAGUUCCUUCCAAAUGGCACUGUCUAAAGGCUGGCCCCUCUACAUGAGCACCAAGAACACCAUCCUGAAGAGAUACGAUGGUCGCUUUAAAGACAUCUUCCAAGAGAUCUAUGACAGAGAAUACAAGUCCCAGUUUGAAGCCAAAAAGAUCUGGUAUGAGCAUAGGCUCAUUGAUGACAUGGUUGCUCAGGCCCUGAAAUCUGAAGGAGGCUUUGUCUGGGCCUGCAAGAACUACGAUGGGGAUGUGCAGUCUGACUCUGUUGCACAAGGCUAUGGCUCUCUGGGGAUGAUGACCAGUGUACUGAUCUGCCCUGAUGGCAAAACUGUUGAAGCAGAAGCUGCGCACGGCACAGUUACUCGUCACUACCGCAUGCACCAGAAAGGCCAAGAAACCUCCACUAACCCCAUUGCCUCCAUCUUUGCAUGGACAAGAGGACUAGCUCACAGAGCUAAGCUGGACAACAACACUAGCCUCAAGAACUUUGCAGUUGCCCUGGAAGAAGUCUGCAUUGAGACCAUCGAAUCUGGCUUCAUGACAAAGGACCUUGCUGCCUGUAUCAAAGGCCUGCCUAACGUCACACGCUCUGACUACCUGAACACCUUUGAGUUCAUGGACAAGCUUGCUGAAAAUUUGAAGGGGAAGCUGGCCUCUCUGCCCAAACUUUAAGGCACAGGUUCUACUCAAGCUCCACUAACAAGGCAUCUCCCACUUACACCAAGGUGUAAGUGGCACUAUAUCACACUCUGUUGUGUAACAUUUCAAAUACUAGACAAAAAUGAACAUGUACACUUUUUAAAAUGUUUAAAAGACCAUGUUUUCUUAAACCCCUUGAGCUGCUGGGCUAGGCCUUACUUUUGCUAAGCAGCUGAAUGUGAUAGUAUUCAAGCUCGAUGUGGGUCUGGAUUCCUAAUGUCAUUCACAGCAGACCCGAGGUUUCUCUCCAUAACUAUGAAUGAUCU